GCUACAGGUCUGAGUGAAGUUGCAGGCGCAGCUCGGCUCACCUCUGCAUGACACUCCGGUGUUGUCGGUGAACCCUACUCGUCACAUUUCCUCGCCAGGAGCCGGCGCGGUGAACAGAACCCGGUCAGAAAAGGGUGAAGUCAUGUUCAGACUCCUCAGUCACCAAGGCAGGAGGGCGCGGAGCUGCCUCGCAGGCCAGCGCCGCUAUGAGCACCACAGGGCUGUCAUGGCCAUCCGCCGCGAGGACAUCAAUCCCUGGGAGAGGAGGGCGCCGCUGGCCCCGAAGCACGUCAAAGAGCUCACCAACGCCGGCGUCAAAGUCCUGGUGCAACCAUCCAACCGCAGAGCCUUCCACGAGAAGUACUACAUGAGGGCGGGGGCCGUCGUCCAGGAGGACCUCUCGGAGGCGUCUCUGAUCAUCGGGGUGAAGAGGCCGCCGGAGGAGAAGAUCUUUCCCAGGAAGACGUACGCUUUCUUCUCCCACACCAUCAAGGCUCAGGAGGCCAACAUGGGGCUUCUGGAGGACCUGCUGAACAAGGAGGUUCGUCUGAUCGACUACGAGAAGAUGGUCGAUGCUAACGGCUUCCGGAUCGUAGCGUUCGGCCAGUGGGCCGGUGUCGCAGGAAUGAUCAACAUCUUGCAUGGCUUGGGGCUGCGCUUCCUGGCUCUCGGGCACCACACUCCCUUCUUGCACAUCGGCAUGGCUCAUAACUACAGGAGCGUCAGCCAGGCCGUCCAGGCAGUGAGGGAUUGUGGGUAUGAGAUUUCCAUGGGCCUCAUGCCCAAAUCUAUCGGCGCCGUGACCUUUUGUUUCACCGGCACCGGCAACGUCUCCAAGGGAGCUCAAGACAUCCUCAACGAACUUCCUGUUGAAUAUGUUGAACCUCAUGAGCUGAAGGACGUUUCUGAGACGGGAGAUAUGUCCCGAGUGUUCGCCACCGUCCUGAGCCGCCAUCACCACCUGAUGAGGAAGAGCGACGGCGUCUAUGACCCCAUGGAGUACGAGGACCACCCGGAUCUGUACACCUCGCACUUCAGGACCAGCGUGGCACCGUACACAACCUGUCUGAUCAAUGGGAUUUACUGGGACCCCCACACGCCCCGCCUCCUCAGGAGAAUUGACGCCCAGAAGCUGAUGAGGCCGCUCAAAUCCUCGCUUGCAGCCACCGAGGGAUCGCCCCGCCUGCCCCACAGACUGCUGGCCAUCUGCGACAUAUCUGCCGACACCGGAGGCUCCAUAGACUUCAUGAACGAGUGCACCACCAUCGACAAGCCUUUCUGCAUGUACGACGCCGACCAGCACAUAGAUCACGACAGUGUGGAGGGAAACGGGAUCCUCAUGUGCUCCAUCGACAACCUUCCUGCUCAGCUGCCCAUCGGAGCCACGGAGUACUUUGGAGACCGGCUCUUCCCGUACCUGUGGGAGAUGCUGCCGUCAGACGCCACCAGACCGCUGGAGGAGGAAGACUUCAGCCCGCAAGUCAGAGACGCCGUCAUCACCUCAAACGGAAGUCUCACCCCAAAGUUUGAAUACAUUGAAAAGCUUCGUGAACGAAGGGAGAAGGCUCAGAUCAUGAAGAAGUCCGGGAUGAAGCGUGUUCUGCUGCUGGGUUCAGGGUACGUCUCCGGACCCGUGGUUGAGUAUUUGACUCGCGACGAGAAGACUCAGGUCACUGUGGCGUCGGUGCAGCUGAAGCAGGCGGAGGAGCUGGCGGAGCAAUAUCCCAACACCAUCCCCGUGAUGCUGGACGCUGGCAGACAGGAAGGACACCUGGACUCUCUGGUCAAAGAUCAUGAUUUGGUCAUCAGCAUGCUGCCGUACUCGCUCCACCCGCUCAUCGCCAAACACUGCAUCAAGAGGAAGGUAAACAUGGUGACAGCCAGCUACCUGAGUCCUGCCAUGAGGGAGCUGCAGAGCAGUGCGGUAGAGGCGGGCAUCACCAUCGUGAAUGAGAUGGGACUGGACCCGGGUAUCGAUCACAUGCUGGCCAUGGAGUGUAUCGACAAGGCCAAAGCUGACGGCUGCACCGUGGAGUCCUACAGCUCGUUCUGCGGCGGACUUCCUGCUCCCGAAUGUUCAGACAAUCCUCUUCGCUACAAGUUCAGCUGGAGUCCGUACGGCGUCCUGCUCAACACCAUCAGCCCCGCCGUCUUCCUCCGAGACAACCAGGUGGUGAAAAUCCCGGCGGGCGGGUCUCUGAUGGAGUCCAGCAUGCCGAUGGAUUUCUUUCCUGGUUUCAACCUGGAGGGAUUUCCAAACCGCGACAGCACCACGUACGCCGAGCCUUACGGCAUCCAGACAGCUCACACACUGAUCAGAGGAACACUGCGCUUCAAGGGCUUCACUAAGGCCAUGAGUGGGUUUGUCAAACUGGGUCUGAUCGACAGCGAGCCCUGUCCCGUCCUGCAGCCGACUUCAGCUCCUGUUUCCUGGAAAGAGUUCGUCUGUAAGCAGAUGGGAUUGUCCUCUUCUGUCUCCCAGGAUGCUUUUGAAGAAGCCGUAUACGAACGCAUCGGACAAGACGACUUUGCGAUGGACACCCUGAGAUGGUUUGGGAUGCUGAGUGAAGAGUCUGUGCUUCACGCUGACAGCGUGCUGGCUGCUCUGGCAAAACAUCUGGAAGCAAAACUCUCCUUCAAUAAAGGCGAGCGAGACAUGAUCAUCAUGAGGAACGACGUUGGCCUUCGUCACCCAACUGGCGAGCUGGAGACCAAACACAUUAGCCUGGUGGUGUACGGCACCCCCACCGGCUUCUCCGCUAUGGCCAAGACUGUAGGAUACCCAACAGCCAUUGCUGCUCGCAUGGUCCUUGAUGGUGAAAUCGGUACAAAGGGAAUUGUGGUUCCGAUGACGAAGGAUAUCUACGGACCGGCACUGGCCCGACUGAAGGAAGAAGGACUUCACUUCAUGUCAAAGAGCACCCUGGAGGAGUAGAGUCGAGCAGAUCAGUAAUCACUGUAAAUACUAUCCUGCGACUCCAGAGAAACUUUAUAAAAUGCUAUCAGCUGCCUUUUCACCAAACGGGAUCUAACGUCAGACUGUCUGCUGAUAGUCUCCGUUUAAAAUUAUAUUUUUAACUCUCUGAUGAAAUAGAUAUUAGUCAUGUUGGUUUUUUUAAAAUAAAUAUGUGAAUUGUUAAAAGGGAAAAAAAAGAUUGUAAGCAGGAAAAAGGUCAGUUAUUUUUAUUAUGUUGAAAUUCAAUUUAGGAAAAUGUCUUGAUGUUUUAGGUCAAAACAUUUCAAAGCAGCAGGCGUCGCCUGUUUCAGAGAAGUUCUUCUGUGGAGAUGUGUAAAAGGUCGACUGAUCAAACACUAUUUUAGAUAUUUAAAAGAACGGAAAGCAUUAAAAAGCCACUGUAGACGCCAGCUCUGCCUGCAAUCAUGAAUCUGUUUACUUGAACACUCAAAGCUUCAGUCAGAAAUCAUUAUAUAUAUCUUCCCACUCAUUUCAAACAGCAUCUGCUUUCUGUAUUAAUUAAAAAUCCAACAAACCUCAAAGCUCAAUAACACGCCAACCUUCAAACUGUGCUGAACUUCAACAAGAAGCAUCACCUUAGUUACAAACCCACUUCACGUGUCUUUCAAACGCGUCAUUCAAAUCAACCAGUGCAACAUCAAAACCAUAGAACAGUAUUACCAGAUAUAAUAUAUCAUGAAAUGUAGUCUCCACCGUCUGAGGGAACAUUAACGCAGAGUUGUACAGGACCGUGAGUUAAUUGUUUAAUUUUGUUCGUCAGAAUUUAAUGUUUUGUUGUGUGAUACAAUAUGUAUCUCAAUAUUUACAAUAAUAAGUGCAAACGUUAAAACAAACUGUUAAUUCUGAGUGUGCUUAAUAUAAACUUAUUUUACAUCACAGCCACUUCCCUGGAGUUACAUUUAGAGAAAACAUUUUUCUGACAUGUGAAUUAUCUUGGGGUGAUUAUUAAAGAUGAUCUCAGCUCUACAAGUGUGUUAUCUUUUACAAUAUUACUCAUUAACUCAUCUUAAUUCUGUGUUUCCCAGACUGAAGAGUUUUCAUUGCCACCUACAGAAAUGAUUGUUUUGAGGGAAGUGUUGUGGUUGUAAACGGUUUGUUAAACGCUUGAAAUGGGUAAAAAGAAAAUACCAAAACCUCUAAAGAUAUAUAAAAAUAAAGAAUUCAGAAACUAUACUGAAAAAUUAACAUUUGUUUUUAUUAUUUUCUUUGUCUUUUGUUGCAGUUGACAUAUUCACGCCAUUCCUGAUUACAAAACACACAUUUGGUUGUAAAAGUUUGUUUUGCUUUCUCAAUGUAAAAACGAUUACAUAAAUAAAAACCUUUGUUACUGUU